UGUAUUAUUGGUGAUGAAGAGGAAGAGCCCCGGCGAAUUCAAUUGGGACGAGAAAACCCAAGGCGUCAUCCUGGGAUCAUUCUUCCUUGGUUAUGUGAUAACAAAUGUACCUGGUGGUCGCAUGGCUGAGAAAGUUGGUGGAAAAUUAGUGUAUGGGCUCGGUGUACUUCUAACAGCAAUUCUUACUGUUGUCAGCCCAUGGGCAGCGUACUGGGGCCUUCCAGCAUUCCUUGCUGUGAGGAUUGCUGAGGGGUUUACUGAGGGUGUGACAUUCCCGGCUAUGCAUUCCAUGUUGGCGCACUGGGUACCGCCCAUGGAACGGAGUAAAUUUGCUGCUCUGGUUUAUGCAGGUUCUAAUUUUGGUACUGUCAUUUCCCUCCCUGUGAGUGGCUGGCUGUGCUCUUUAGAGCUCUGGGGUGGCUGGCCCUUGGCAUUCUACUUAUUCGGAGGUUUGGGAAUUGUUUGGUACAUCUUCUGGCUCUUCUUCAUUUACGACACACCAGCACAACACCCCAGUAUCGACCUCCAAGAGAAGGUGUAUAUUGAAGCUUGUGUUGAACCCAAGAACGAAAACGACGACGUAGGAGUGCCCUGGCUAUCAGUCCUGACGUCAGGACCCAUGUGGGCGAUAACGAUAACCCAGUGUGGGCAAUCAUGGGCGUUCUACACACUCUUGACCGAGCUCCCAGCCUACAUGGACCGAAUUCUCCACUUUGACGUGCAGCAGGACGCCCUGCUCUCCACCCUGCCGUACCUAUCCGCCUGGAUAAUGGGUCUGGUGAUCUGCGGUCUGGCGGACAACCUCCUGGAGCGCAGGAUCAUGUCGCCGCUCAUCUCUAUGAAAUUCUGGAAUACAAUUGGAUCUCUGGGGCCCAGUCUGAGCUUCAUCGGGGCCAUAUGGGCAGUUUGCGACAGAGUCUGGGUGAUGAUCAUGCUGGCGGGCCUUGGCUCACUCCAAGGUGCUAUUUAUGCUGGCAAUCAGAUGAAUCAUAUCGCUCUGGCACCUAGGUACGCUGGGACUCUCUAUGGACUGAGCAAUGCUGCUGCCAAUGUCUGUGGAUUUCUCGCUCCUUAUGUGGUGGGCCGACUCAUCGCUGGACAUGAGACUCUCUCUCGGUGGCAUGUUGUCUUCUGGCUGGCUGCUGGCAUCAAUAUGACGGCUAACUGCUUUUAUCUGCUUUUCGCCUCUGCUAAGGAACAACCAUGGAGCCGGGGGGGGAGUUGAUGAUUUGAACACCAAGGGAAGGGCAGACGAUCCAACAGUGGAGAUCGACUGGCUCUUAGCGCAUUUUAGAUAAAUUUUUUCGAGUUAAUGGAAGUGGGAAAGGAAGCACGUACGGAAAAAUUUCGUGGGAGAACCUAGUGAAAUUAAGUUUUUGGCCAAUUCUAUUGAAUUUUACAGCGCUGCGCGCUCGGGAUUGUAAUCUGCAAAA